UUCUGCUACGCUAGUCCACCUCACCAGUCUACUCCAGCGGCCCAUGUUGGACGGAUCGACUGCACGAAUGCUCGUAUAUGAAUUGUUUCGCGUGUAGUGCCGUAUUGACAAUUUUAGCCUUUUGCCGAAAACUUCUGGAGCAUCAUCAAACUCAUAUUUGAAUUUUGGACACGUACAUCUUAAAAUUAAACAAAUAUCCAUAAAGGUGAUACUUUUGCAUCGUUUUUCAGUGCAUAUCCUGUGACUAUUGUUAUUUAAAAAUUUCAUAAUUGUUUGUCUGUGAUGCCAAUUUUGUGUAGCCAACUUUGUGAACAUUUUUAUUUUCUUUGAGACUUUUUUAAGAUUUUUACCAAAUAUUCACGAAUUUCAUAUGUCUAAUUACAAUGAAACAGAUUUAAAUGUUUACUGUUCUGUGGCAUUUGUAUAAUAAAACGAAAGAAUUGUAAUCGCUACAAUGUUGAAAUAAUGAAUCUAGGAAACAAUGCACGACUGACGUCAUGAUGUAAAUCAUCUUGUCACUUCGUCUUGUUUCCUCUUCUCUCUGGACACUACGCAUCCGAGUUACUAAAACAGUGGGUGGUCAAUUGAUUCGUCUCUCCGUUACGAGGAUGAUGAUGAUGGACAUGGGCAUGUACGGGACCUGCGGCAAACCUGACUCAUAUCCUAACUACAUGUUCUCGGGUCAAGGAAAUCAUCACCAUCAUCAUCACCACCACCACCAUCAGCUCUCGUCCGUCGGCGGUCACGUGUCGGUGCCACCUUCCCCGGAGGUAGCCCCGACUCAUUAUUACCCCCAAACUGCAGUGGCGCCAUAUUCUUCAUCGUCCUCCGAAAGUUUCCUAACCGCCGACUCGGGCGCGUCGUCUAGUACGCCUCCUCAGGGCUUCUACUCACCGACGGGCGCUGUUCUUCACGAGAAUGCUUCCACCACAGCGAUAAUUUCGUCGGAGAACGGUCUGAGUUACACAAAUCUGGAUUACGCGUCGUCUUCGUCGUAUUCGAAUCAGCAGCAGCACGCUACUGUGAACUCGGUGGAUCCGCAUCAGAGUUAUCACGUUCAACAGUCCGCUUACCGAGAAGAUCAUCAUCAUCAUCAUCACCAUCCAGCCGCAGGUAGUAGCCUUCACCAAACCACAGUACCCCAAGCUAGUCACCCAAGAACGGAGCACGAGCAACAGCUUCAUCAUCAAUCUUCUAGUCAUCAUCACCACCACCACCACCACGAUCCGGAAUACCAAAUAACAAUUGGUGGAACUUCUAAUUAUCUUCAUCAGUUACCGUCUUCGGACGAGUCUUUGCACUACCAGACGCAGAUACAGACGCAGAGCGAUUUCUCCACGCACCCGUCAAGUCAUUACAAGGAAGAGAAUUCGGAUGCGACUACCUAUCACGUUCUGCAGCAGUCCGGUCAUCUGCAACAUCCCCAUCAACAUGGACACCAUCAUCAUCAGCAGCACUCGCACGCGCAGCAUCAUCCGCAGCAGCAGCAACAACAGGCGCAAGUGCCUACGUACAAGUGGAUGCAAGUCAAAAGAAACGUACCCAAACCAGUUGCAACGAAAGCGAAUUCAAACGUCGAGUUCGGCGGUGGCGCGACCGCGGGAGCGAACACGUCCGUGUACGGAAGCACCGCAAGCGGAACGGUGAAUUGCAUCGCCGGUUCGUUGGCCGGUAUCGCGGGUAGCUUCAACAAUACCGGUCGCACGAACUUCACGAAUAAACAGCUCACCGAACUGGAGAAGGAGUUCCACUUCAACAAGUACCUGACGCGAGCGCGACGCAUCGAGAUCGCUUCCGCGCUGCAGCUUAACGAGACGCAGGUUAAGAUCUGGUUUCAGAACAGGCGGAUGAAGCAGAAAAAGCGGAUGAAGGAAGGCCUGAUACCGGCAGAUAGCACGAACGUGACGCCUCUGAGCGGCGCCAGGAGCAGCAGCAAUUCCCCGACGGGCUCGUCGAAUCACGAGAUCGGCGGUCUCGCCUUGUCCAACUUCACCAGCGACAACAGCAGAGAAUCACCUCCAUCUUCCAAGGAUUGACGCGAUUUGUGCUGCAGUAAUGAGCAACACUACGGUCUAUGAUUCGACGAUUGGGAAAUCGCUCGGUGGCCAUCGCGAGCCCAAUUUGAAUCGUGAGACGACUUUACUGCAGCCACCACCAAUCAGUAACUUACUUUUAGGCUGCAUCGCGAAAUCAUGUAAUGAUCCGUGGAAUUACGACAAGUAAUGUCAUUCUGUAUCUUGAAAGUAGAGGUAUGUGAUAUAUGUAUAUACGGGACUUAUCUAUUUUCCCGUGUUGAGAAAACUAUAUAUAUGGAAUGUGACAUUGGUUGCUCUAAUUCCAUUCAUAUUGUGCGGAUGUUCCAGAUUUAGAAUCCGGCGUGUGUAACUUCUCGAAGAAUUCGAUUUCAGUAUGAUUUUUUCCCCGCAUUGUUUAAUUAAGGUGAUAGGUUGUAUAAUUUGUAACUCUGUGCGUGUUAUUUAUUUCUUCUUACGAUACUUGAGAUUUUCCGAGUGCGUUUUUUAUGUAAAGUGCACAAGUUUGCAUCGAUAUAUUUCAAAUUGCAAGGUUACCAUGUAUCUCGAUUCGAAUAGCGAUGUGUACACAAAUUUGUAAAUGAUUCAAUUUGUCGAUGAUCAAACGUCGUUUCUAUCGAAAGUCAAAGUUCUCAACAAACUUCCGAAUAUUAUCUCCAAUUUUGUCAGUGUGUUUUUACAUUAAUAAUUACGUACAAAGAGAGAAAUUUAAUUAGAUCUUUUAAAAAUCGUCGACUAUUGAAUUUUAUCGGUAACGUACUUAACACGUAAAAACAUUUGGCUCCCAUUUCUUCUUUUAACUUAUUAAAUUUUAUUAAACAUAUAUUUAUAAGCAAAAUUUUUUCUGACUCAUGUAAAGAACGAAACGUAAUAGAAUUAACACGGUAAAUUGUAUUAAUUAUUGCAUAUUUUAUUUCCGCGUUGAGCGCGAAACAGAAAGGAACAUCAAAAUUUUAUUAUUCAAUUAUUUUUUUUAACCCUUCCAGUAUACAUUUCUAUAACCAAUGAUUGUUUGUAUCAAUUGUCAACAUCUCUUGAAAAACUUGUCUUACAUUUUCUGUAGAUAUGUUUAGAGAAAACAAACAUUGUACUAUUAAUACGAACAAUUUAUAUAUAACAUACUAUAUAUAUAAAACUCGUUAAAAACUAUGAGAAAUCAAGUAUUAAAAUUAAUGAAGUAGGUGUUUUGCGAUCCUCUGGUUUAUUUUUUAAUAUUGUAAGCUGUAAAAGCAGUUGAGAUGCAAAUUAUAAUUCAAAACAUCAAUACUGGAAGAGUUAACUCUGUCUUGCUGUGCGAACUAUAUAUUCUUCAGUAGCAAUGCAAGUAAAAAAUCAAACUUUGAAAGAUGAAAUUUAUUCUAUAUUUGCGUGUAAUAUAGUCGCUCCUGUCCAAAUAUGAAUUACUAAUCAACUGUCACUACUAAAAAAAAUAAAAAAAAAAAUUAAAUAAUAAAAAAUUCAGCUAUGAUGAUGUUUGCUUGGAAAAAAAAGAUUUAAAAUUAUUUAUGAUCGAUUGUUUGCUCUAAAUAUUCUCACACGCGAAUAUAGAUUAUUUCAGUAUAAAUCUAUACAGAUGCGAAAUUAGUUCAAUGUCUUGACAUUUAUCUUACCGCGUGAUAACAAAAACAAAUAACGAAAUAGUACACAGAGAUAUCUCUCGUCGUGGCGAGAAAUUAUCUAAAUGAUAAUCUGAUAACUGUGGAUCUAUUUUUUCUUUUCUUGCUCUCACGAGAGUGUGCAUGUAUUUAUUUGUAAAUAAUAUUCUAAAUAACAUUAUCGCGCAAACUAUGGGCCAAUAAAUUAGUUGUAUGCAUGAAAUUUACAAAAAAAAUAAAUAAAUAAAGAGUUCCAAAAAUCGAUAAAUUUAUGGAAACAUUUAUAUCGUAUAUAAAUAUAUAUAUAUAUAUAUAUUUCCUAACACGAUCGCGAGACGAUUCGUUCAAAUAAAAAGUUUCCGUAUUUCCUAUCCAAAUUAAUUCGCGCACGUUUAAACACACACAUAUAUAUAUAUGUACGAAGUAACGUAAUCGUAUGCAUAUUUACGUGAGUUACAUGGUGGUCCAUCUUCGAAAAUGCUGUGUACCUAAACCCCCAUCCCUAUUAUGGACAGAAAACCGUCAUUAAACCCUGUAGGUACUUAUGU